AGAAACUGGGGUCACUCCGGAGGGAGGCACACAGAAGACGGAACAAUGACGGGCGGCAUCGCGGGGGUCGAGAGGUUCGACAGUCCGGGAAAAGGACGAGGACUCCGCGUUACUAAAGCCUUCAAAGUGGGGGAGCUGCUGUUCUCCAGCCCGGCGUACUCCUAUGUGUUAUCAAUGAAAGAGAGAGGCAGUAACUGUGAAUGCUGCUUCACGAGGUAAGUCUCUGCUAUAUGUGCGUUUACAGUGUAUUUCUGUGUCUCUUUAAACUGCUCGUGAUAUUUGAGUUAAAUGCCAACAUGCCGUCUAACUCAUGUAACCCUCAGUUUUCUGCAAACCACCGUACCCACACACUGCACCACGUGGGAACUUUGCCAAAUGUGUCACUCCUUAAAAUCUAUUUUGGUGAUGCAGCUCAUCUGUCCAUAUGAAAGUUCAUGCAUAUCAUAUUCCCCAUGGCCGAAUACCUUUAGUGGCCCCCCUUAUGAACGCUGAACACGAGAGAUAAAUGUCGGCUGAGUAGCAUCAUAUUAACACAAUACAUUGGCUUUCAACUGUGGCUGCUGUUUUGAUCGAUGCAUGGAUCAUAAAUUACUCACAUAUGGUUAUCUAUUUUCCACACACACGCCACCUUUCCACAGGUUGAUGGAGUCAACAUAUUGAAUAAGCAAAUUCUUAUUUGGCUUGUUAGUAUGUAGUAGUUAGUAUUAAGCUAGUUAUUUCAGAUGUUUUUCAUAAUAAUCAUGAUGUUAUCAAUCGUUCUUACAAUCAAUAUCUUUAUAUCUGUCCUACGCCACAGGUGGAUGUGGAUGUACUGCUGCCUGUACACACACAAUCUAUGUUUUGAGAAAUGGCUGUACAUUAUUGUCAUGCUUUACAUUACGAAAGAAGAACUUGACCUUAUUGAAUUAUCUCACAUUCUUUUUAUAUGCAGUAUAGAUGAUUAACAUUAAAGCUACCAUGGUUUGUCCUUUUUUGAUAUGCGUAAAUGAUGUGGGAAUAAUGGGAGGGGCUGUUUCAGUGAUCAUUCAAUGUAGAGUUGAGUGUAGACACUUGUACUUCACAUCAGGCAGUGAGUUCAAGUGUCCAAACAUUUUACAGCAGGACUUUUGGACCAUACUUUACCAUUUCAGAGUGGUAAAAGACAGCUGGUGCGUCAUAAGGUCAGCUCUAUUAAUACGACAGAACGUUUUAAAGCCCUUCAUUGCUAUCAGUUACGACUGGCCACCAGCAACUGCUACUUCUUGUCUCAGAGAAAUAAAGCAGGAUGUUUCAGUGUCCAACACUCAUGAGUGACGUGGUUGUGUCUGCGGGAAAUACAAGAAUGUGUAAAGAUGUAGUGGCUUUUUCAUCCAGUGUUGUUUGUUAUCCAUAAACAACUAAGUUUUUUUUUUUUUUUUUUAAAGGAAGGAGGGCUUGGCAAGAUGUGGAAAGUGCAGGAAAGCCUGCUACUGCAAUGUGAAAUGUCAGGUAGGAAACACACCAGGACAGUGCGGAUGACUCAGUAAUAUCACCGUUGUCUGAGUAUGUCACAUGUCACUCUAUGGCACUAAUCAGAGCUGAUCAAAUAAUAAUAAUCGUCGCCAUAAUGUAAUUUUUUGUGUGUCUUGUUUUUAUAAUUUUUGUUCACAAGAAAAAGAUUCUCAAAUAACCCUGCUGUGCAACAAAGACCAGCCUGUACUGUUGAGCAGAUAGGGUGGAACAGCAGUGUGUGUGUGUGCAUGAGUGUUUGUGUAUGUAACAAUUCUGCUGUUGUUACUAUGCCAUUUUAGAUUUCAUUAACUAAAAAAAAAAAAAAAAAGUUUCUAUGUGUAAGAGUUGCAAGAUAAAAAAAAGGCUUGUGUUUACAUUUUCUGCUACACAAAUUCAAACAGAGUAAUUCUUUGGAUGUUUGAAUGAAAGUAAAGGUUAAUGGUUGGCCAAGAGGUCAAAGCGCCUGUCUCAUGUACAGAGGCUGUAGUCCUCGUCACAGCAGUCGCUUUAAGAGUAUUCAGCUGAUUCUGGGUAUGUGAAUCUAACAUGUAUAUUUAGCCAUUCAUAGGCUGGUUUGUAACCUCUGUUUUGGGUUAUAUAGUAAACGAAGGAAUGAAAAUAUCUGGUUGGUGCUUACAUGGACAGCUAACAAAAGAGGAUAUGGAAUAUGGCAAUUUCUAGUGGCUUUUUAAUAAAUUUAAAAGUCAGUGGCAAGACAUAGACAUUUGUGAUUUUUUUUUUCUGCUUGUUUGACUUCAAGAUAAUUAGAAAAUUCCAAUCUGAUGUGAUUAAUAACAGCCAUUAAGUCAGACCUUUUUAAGAAAGCUACGACUGCUAUGGAAGCUGUUCAAACUGUGAGAGUGAGAAAUAUAGACAUUUUUGAUUCAACAAAAUCAUUAAAUCAUCAUUGUAGUUAAAUUUUCGGUCAAAUAAAGUUCUUGAUUAUCCAGCAGGCAGUCCUCUAAUCAGUGGGGAGUGCAUACAUAACUUAUGAUGGUAAGGUAUGUAAACAAUAAGAUGUAAAAUGCAUGGUGUCACUUUCUGAUACCAUAAUUUUUAUGGUGAUGAGUUUCAACAUAGAGGGCGACCCCACAGUCACUUGUCUUUUUGUGUGGUGUUUUUAACUUAUAUUUUAGGGCUUUUGUUCCUUUAUUUAUAGUGUAUAGGGAAGUAGAUAGAGCUGAAACCCUGGAGAGAGUGAAGAGUGACAUGCCAAAAAUAGGGUCACAGGCUGUAAUUGAUCCCAGGAAUCCUGUUUAAGGGCCUUUGUGCGUGGGGUGAGUGACUUAACCACCCCGUAGUCACUAGUUUGCAUGUGUAGUGUUAAAUGAGUGGGGGUAACAUCAGGUUAACACUAUGUUGAGCCAUAUUUCAUAAUGCUUCAGCUGUUGUUGUGAUGGAAACCAAGUGUUAACAUAUGAGUGGGCUGUAGACUUAAGGGUUUGUCUUUUGUAAUGUGCUUAUCAAAAUGUUUGUGUGUUUUUGUGUAGAAAGCAGACUGGGCCAUGCACAAGCUGGAGUGCUCUGCAAUGACUGCAUUUGGAGAAAACUGGUGCCCAUCAGAGAUGGCCCGCCUUGUGGCUCGGAUCCUUGCCAAGAAGGUUGGACACAUUGUUCUUCUGAAGUGCUGUCUGGUACAUACUGUGCAGUUCAUUAGUGUUGUGGUACUUGAGUCUAGGACCCAGACUCAAUUUCAACUGGAGGCCCGAUUGUCAGAACUCUCCAUAGUCAGACUAUUUACAGAGACUGGUUUUUGUUAGAUUUUAUAUAAGUCUCUGAUAAUUGACUCAGUUUCCAGCAGCUUUGAGGUUUUAAAGUAGUCGCAAGCAAGAGCAGAGAAACAUGUUUGAUAUGUGAGAGAACCAUCCAGGAGAAGAGAGGAACAAGCUUAAAUUUCCACAGAUGAUCUGUCCAGGAUACACCCAAAAAAGUAGAGAUACUGAAGUUACUUUAACUAUCGACUACAUCAUUGACAGCAAGCUAAUGGUAAGGCCAACAUCUAAAAUGAACAACAAACCUCAACCACUUAAUGCAAGAUGUUUAGUCAGCUACAGUUCUUUUUAUCAGUGAUUGCAGGUAUUUCUGAGUUGAUUAGAUACUUGCAGUGAUUUGACUCCAGCAUAGCCAAUAAGUGUGUCACCCUCUACAAAGAAAUGCAGUGCACAUGUAUGCAUAACACGCAGGACUGUAGCUUCAAUUCAGAUUCUUUUCUGGUGGUUAAAAUCAAGGUUUAAAUAUCUUAAUUGUGGCUGUUUUUAUCUACAGAAAACACAGAAAGAAAGGAGUGCUUCAGAGAAGAUCCUACUCAUAGAAGAUAUACAAUCCCGUAAGCAUUUCACACACACAUACACUUAGGUUUAUUUUUCACAUUUUGAUCUCUGUGGUUGGGAACUAAUCUGCUAAACUUCUGUGGAUUUGGUCUGUCCAGAUUCAGGACAAGUGUCCAGUGAUAUCCCUCUUUGAAAACUACAACCUAGUGAGAUUAGACUGAGAGAAACAUUCCAGGCCGCAUCUAUAAAUAUCCUAUAGAUAUAGGUCAAACAGCCACCAGACAACAAAACAAGUGUCAUGACUAGAAGUAGAAGCAUAAGCACUUUAGUCUAACAUACACAGCACUGACUGCAUGAGUGCCUGUUAGUCAAAUAGUGUUAGAUGUAGUAAACUGAUAGUUAAAGCUCCAGUGAGGAGUUUUUCUGCUGGCCAUGAAGUAGAAAUUAACAGCAAUGCCGAAUUAAACCACACCGACAAGCCUACGAAUUUCUCUGAUGUAGUUUUUAAUGCCUGUAACUAUGACAACAGGGUAUAUGUCAGACUGGGUAAUUCACAGCACAGUAGGGAAAAGAAGCUUUUUUUCACAGCAAAUUUUCAGGUUGAAAAAUGCGCUUGAACAGCAAAAAGCAGAAAGGGAUUUUUUUUUUUUUUGUCAGAAAAUACUGUUUAUGUAUACACAAGGAAAGAAUUACAGGGAGAUGAGAGGUAUCAUUUUUGUUUGCAAGGGGCACCAAAAUCAACCCAAAGGUUCUCAAAGGAACCUCAAUGUUUAGCUCAAGUAUUUUGACAACCUUGUAAUUUACAUGAAAAUGUAUGAUUGGGUUUGUUGUCUUCGUAUAAUCCACAGUUUUAGCAGAAUCAAGCACUAGUGUGUAAGAUAAGAUAAGAAGAACUUUAUUAACCCCAGAAAGGAAAUUCAAUAAGUCAAAGAAACAAGUAAAACUUUUAUUGCAGCUGUGGACAAACAUUGAAUGGCCUCUAGUCAGUCUUUUUGAAGCAUUACAUCUGAAAAUUUGCUGAGAUUUUAAAUAAGAGGUUUGGCAUCACAAUAAAUGGGCUCCCCACGUUCCUGUUUCCAAUUUCUUCCUCAUAAUGAAGCUAGUAGCCGCAGAUUACAUCAUCCACUGCAAACGCAACUCGCCCACAUCGCCAAACAAACUGCUAGCAGAAGAUUUGCAUUACUGUGGAGCAUUGAUAAUGCAGUAAACAGCUGAAAGCAAGUUGUGAGAUUUUGGCAAUCAAUUUGGUUAUGUGAAGUUUUCCUUGUAUUGUAUUUUUUUUCUUUUCCGGAUGUACCUCUGAAUCCUCUUACAAACUUGAGCCUCUGUCAGAAAACAUGGACAAAACGUACUCACGAAAGCACCAGCAAAAUGGCUUAAUUUGAAUAGCUAGUAUUUUAUCCCUUUAAUGCUUUUUGCAUCAUGUUUGAUACAUACUUGUAUGAUAAUUCUAUUAAUCAAUAUGAUCAACAAAUGACUACAAAAACUUGAAUACAGUUCGAUAAAUGAUAAAAAAAAAAAAAACUCUUGAGGUUUAUCAGUUUCCAAAAACAUCUAAUGUAUCAAAUGAGAUUAACAAAUAUAUUUGUUAAAUUUUAAGGACAUUCUAAUGUUUUGUUUUUCAAUAGUGAGUGAAAUAAACAUUUCAGUUACAAAAAAAAAUUGAAUUUUCUGGCCAUAAUUUGUGGUUUCAGGCAUUAUAGGGUUAAAGUUCAAACAUGUAUGUGGUGAUGUAAGCUGCUAGAAACAAUCUUUAUUUGUGUUUACAUUUGAUAUUUUAUCUGAACUUAAGCCUCCCUUUGAAACUCGGAGUCAGUGGAUGUGUCUGGUUUACAAGACUGAAUAGGCUCUAGUGUUACAGGUCAGAAAUACACUCACACACAGACACACGCAGACACACGCAGACACACACACAUUCAUUGCCAGGCCAAUCAUAUCAUAUGUGUGACAAGGCAAAAGUGCUUUCCUGUCUUAGCACAGUGAGAAUGACAAAUGAGGGAAAGCUGUUAUCCUCGUCUAUUUACAGGUGUUAGUGAUAAGCAGACCAGAGCUGAUGAAAACACUCUCACAUUUCCUGUAACAAUGUCCAUACACACAAUGCCAGAAGACGGGGGAUGAGAAAUGGUGUACACCCCCAGAUUUGCACAGAGGUAGCUUGAGAUAGCAAGAAUAGAGGGCAUGUACGUUGCUUCAUGGCCUCAUUUGGACCAAACCAGUACAAUAAAUGCACAUCAGAAUAAUAUACUCUGCUGCAAUGCUGUCUUGGUUUUUUUAGUUUUAGCCAGACCAAAGUGUUUACCAGAUUUUAUAUUAUGUUCUAAAAAGACUACAGACCUCAGAGACCUUAAAAGAAAUCUAAGGAUAAGGAUUCAUUCAAAGUGUGUUCUCCUUUCCCUGGGCAGAUGAAGAGGAUGUUGACAAUGAAAAGAGAGAGAUGACUGAAUUAGAUGUGGCUGGACUUCAUCGCUAUUUUUCCAAACAUUUGGACUUGCCUGACCAUAAAGACCUGCUCACAGUCUUUUCUCAGGUAACAUGCAGACACACAUAUAAAAGACUGGAGAUUAAGUUAGAUUCUCACUUUGCUGUCUGAGUCGUGUCAGGUUGGGCAUAAAUCAUGUGGCCCACACAAUCGGCUUGUCAAACAUAAAAAAAUGUAGCAAAGUAAACAAACUUGAUUGUUAAGAUGUUGUAUUGUGUCCUUUCUCCAACAGGUUGCUUGCAAUGGUUUCACUAUAGAGGACGAUGAACUGUCCCACAUGGGAACUGCAAUCUACCCAGAGUAAGAAUAAACUCUCUCAUGUUGUUGUCCUUGGAUAUUUUUUUCAAACUGUAUUGAUAUUAGGUUUUUGAUUGCUGGUAUUUGUAGAGUGGAUUAGAGUAGACAGAAAUUUAUUGAUCCUUUUGGGAAAUUAAAGGGCUAUGCAACAUUAAUCCGAUUAUCAUUUAAAAAAAAAAUCGACUUUUUCUCCAACUGCUGGUAAUUCACUGACUCAGACCCCCUCCCCCAACUUUCGCUCUUAAGUUCUUAAACUGGCUGUGAAAGGGUGAAUUGACUCCUCAGCUCAUUUUUGAGCUAUUCCCAGCUGGCCACCCAGGUAAUAGAGAGGUCACUGAUAUAUUUCAGAAGCAACAAGACCCCCUGUAAGAGCAGCUGUAGCAUGGUGCCAGUACCACUCAGAAAUAAAGGGUCACUCAUAUGCCAUGGCUGUUUUUGCAUUCGUCUUAUUGUUUCAACAUAAUGCGUCCUAAUGAAAAAAACAUCUACAUCAUCUUUUUUUCUUCUUCUUUCCUUUCCUGUCUCUGUAGUGUGGCGCUAAUAAACCACAGCUGUCUUCCCAGCGUCAUAGUCACUUAUAACGGGACGUCGGCUGAGAUUCGUGCUGUAAAGGACAUGAAGCCUGGAGAUGAAGUGAGAAAAGGGGACAGCUGUAGUUAUAAGGGAUUGGGUCUUAUUCUGUUUUUUUUUUUUCAGUGUGUCUGUGAUACGAUGAGGGUAGGGGAUAUGAAAUAUUUGUCUGUGUCUUUGAAAACAACUCAAUUAUGCUGCACUGAAAGAAACAAGAUCCCCCCGUUUACUCACGAGAACAUCUAAUUACUUUCUCUCAUCAGUACUAAAGAAUUGAUUUUCUUUAAAUAAGUUAUAACCCCAGAAAAAUAAGAAUUCUGCACCCUUAAAGUAGAGUGUGGGUCAUAGAGCAGCAUUUAGCAGAUCAGACUUGGCAGAAAUAGAAUUUUAAAAUCCAUUAGUUUAAAUUAGUGUAUGAUCACUGUAACACAAAACUUGUUUUGUUUUAUGAUGUUUUAUGAUUUCUUUAGCAAAGAGACUAAACACAACUCACCAACUCUCCUCCAGCAGCUGUCUGUUUCUGGGGGAGCCCUGAUGAGUCGAUCACCGAGUGCAGCGGAGUUCCGCAGCUCAAGGAAGAACAUUUAUGAUUAAUACUUCAUGAAAAUACAAUCAGACCGGGACGCUAAUGCAGAAGAACUACUGCGUCUGCAGUGCAAAAUGGUUAAUAUGAUGAUUAUUACUUAAAGGAAACGAUCUGCUGCACUCUGUGAUCAACUCAUCAGGGCUCCCCCACAAACAAGCAGCUGCUGGAGGAGAGUAGGUGAGUUGUGUUUGGUCUUUUUGCUAAAGGAAUCGGGCAAAGCUAAAAAGAUGUUUGAUAGCUCGUGCUAUGGCUGGGACCCUAUAUGUACUGUCGAUGAAGUUAGGUGCUGUUCUGAGCAUUAUUUGUGGCUAUAGAGUGGCUUUUUGGUUUAGGUUUGGGUGUGGAGAUGUAGACCGCUGUGUAUUGCUAUCGUGCGGUCAUUACUAAAGUUGGUAUAACUAGAGAAGCAAGGAGUCAGCAACAUUCAUCUCUCAAGGGGGUGUCUAAUCCAGUGUUAUGGUGUGUUUGACCAUAACCUAAUUUGAUGCUGGAAUAUUCCUUUGAUAAGCAAACCAGUAACAUACCUAUUUUUCUAGUAAGUGAGUGGGUGUAUCGAAUAUAGCAGUUGUAACAUCGGGAAGAAGAAGACAGUGGUUGCAUGGAGCAAAAGAUGCUGUAUUGAUUCAAGUUUUUGAUGUUAAAAAUUUGAUAAUAUCAUACCAUCAUGCAUCACAAGAGCCUUUGUUCCUCAAAAGCCACCAUGGUUUCAUCACCAGAAUGGGUGAGCAUGACCUUUCACCCUAAAAUCUGACCACUAGAGAGCUCUUCAUAUUCCCAAUUCCAAAUACUGUGCCUUUAUACUGAGAACAAUAGUUUAAAUUUUUUUAUUAUUAUUUAUUAUUAUUUUUAUUUUUUAAAGUCUGGGACAAAUUUUGCACUAUAACUGUCACAACAUUUUCCACUUAUACAGGCUGAAAAAGAAUUUAUGCUUUGUAUCAUUUUAAUAACGUAUGACUUAGGGUGCCUCAAAUAAAGUGACUGCACUGCACAAGGUUAUUGAUUAUAUGUUCCUAUAACACAUUUUUAAGAACUUAUAGGCAGUGCUUUGUUGCUGUAAGUAAAGUGUCAGACAAAAAAUCACUUUAAGAAUAUUUUUAUAUUCACAAAAAUUAUUUUCUGCAUUACUGUAUAAAACAUUAUCAACUUGUCAUUCUCACUGCUUAUAAUACUUCAUAAACAUUACUAUAAGCUGUAUACUAUAAGCAGUUUACUUUUCUGGUCAGUGUGUCCAGACUGCUGUCUAAGAAGAGUGUGUGCGUGGUGAGAGGGGGGAAGGGGCAUCAACAGCUGAUUUUAGAGGCUGGUGUGUCUAUUUUCAGACUGGGAUUUUGACCUGGACACUAGGGGCUUCAGACAGAACGAAGUGUCAGGGAUCAAGAGUGAGCAUUAGUCAGGGUUCUCAUGUAACGUGUGUUUGGGUGUUUCCUCCACCUGCAGGUGCUCAUCAGCUACAUCGACCUCCUCUACCCAACAGAUGACCGUAACAACCGGCUAAGAGAGUCUUAUUACUUCACCUGUGAAUGCCAGGAAUGUAAGAGCAAGUCCAAGGUAAGAGGAUGAGUAAAACAUGUGUUCUUUCACUGGAAUUCACAGUGUGUUUGUCAGACAGCUGCGAUUCAGAAGCACUUCCUGCUCUAGCGGACUCUCAUGCUCUUUGACUUGUCUCAUCACAGGACAAGGUAAAACUCAAAGUAAGAAAGCAGAGUGACCCCAUUGAGCAAGAUGUCAUCAACAACAUGGUGCGCUACGCCAGGAAAACCAUCAGAGAGUUUCGGGCCCUCAAGACGGUAAAAAAUAUCCUUUCACUGUUUUAACAACAACCCUGGAGGAAACGCCAACAAGAAACUAGGUAUCAGCUAGAUUUUGGAGUUGAUUACUAGGCAUAGACAGCUUCUUGCUUAUUUUACUGACCUUGCUUUAACCUUGAGCCUUGAAAAAUAAACUGAUUGUUUCAGAUAAUUUGAGCAUGGAUGACGGGGGUUCAAAAGUUCAAAAGUUAAAGAUGUCAGAUGACAGCUCAGUAGCUGUUCCUCACUAGUAGAGGUUUUACAGCCCUCCGACUUGGCCACACUAGAUUGGCUUUUUGCCUUGUUGGAGGUGGGACUUGAGCUAAAAGUGACAGUUUUGACUAAUUGUAGCCCUUUUUGCAUUUAAAUAUGGUACAUGUUUUGUCAGAACUUCAAGUUGUUAUUUUGGGUGUGAUAUUUCUAUAGAGGAGUAAAACAAAUCGAUAAAACUUUACUACUACAGCCUGCACAAACAUGACCAAGCAGGGCCCCCCCUUAAUAAAAUGUCUUGUCAAGCCCCUGUGUCCAUUCUUUAUAAGAUCCGAUCAAAUAACUAGAGGUCCACUGAUGUCUCAGUAAAACUUCAGCUUAUGUUGAUGCAGCCUUGACUCUCAAGCACCCCCCAGUGAGCUGCUAGAGAUGUGUGAGCAGAGCCUGGAGGAGAUGGGAGCCAUCUUUGAUGACUCUAACGUCUACAUGCUCCACAUGAUGUACCAGGCCAUGGGGGUUUGCCUCUACAUGCAGGAUCCAGACAGAGCAAUCGCAUACGGAGAGAAGAUCAUCAAAUUUUACAAGUAUGUCUUCGUUCAAACACUCACGUAGGCUUUCAAUAUUACAGUAUUGGAUCAACUUGUUGGGAUUUAAGUAAUUUUUGGCGUGAAGGUUGUUCGCCCAUGACACUUAAGUAUAGUAGAGUGAUCUCUUCACUUUUGUUAACACUUGCUUGUAAGUUUUACAUAUUUACCUAUUUGCUUUCAAUCCUUAAAAUGACCAUAGUGAACUAACAUUAGAAGAAGAUUGGACAAGGGGAAUUUUAAUAACCUUGAUACCUUCAUCAACAAACUACUUCUCUCUUUUGAAGGAGUAGUUUACAUGUUCUGACCAUGAAUGAUACAUUUGAUUUCUCUCUGACGCAGCAAGCUGUACCCACCCUACUCUUUGAAUGUGUCCUCCUUGUACCUGAAACUGGGCAGACUGUACAUGUUGAUGGACAGGCACUCAGUGGGCAUCAGCGCUCUGAAAAAGGUAACAUGACACGCCAAGUCUUAACAUCAGCAUUAAAUCAUUAUAUAUAGAAAAUGCAGAGCACUAGGAGCUUAAUUAAUGACAAAACAUGCUCUACUAAUGAAAUGCUGUGACAAAAAAAACAGUCCCUAAAAGUGAUCUGCAUUGGUAUUGAUACUCACUUAUUUAGCAGUACUUAUCUGCAUAUUUACUUAACCACAGACAUUUCAACAUUACAAACAAUUAUGCCUUAACACAAGCAGCUAAUUAAUAAGUGUAAUACAACACUGUUUAUUUAGAAAGUUGAAUGGAAACCUGUCUAUUAAAGGAAAAGGCAAGGAAAGUGUAAGCUGACGCACUCCCAAUAAUCAAUAAACCUCAGUAGUUCGACCACUUUGUCAAUGCAGAUUUUAGAUCUUUCUUUAAAUGGUUUUUGUUUUUUAUUGUUAUAUUAGUAAACCACGUUUUUUUUUAGCUUUUUGUUUGUUUUGUUACUCUUUUAUUUUGAAAAUCCUGCACAUGCCUGGUGUAAAACGCUAAAAACGGGUGUUUCUUUGUGUUUGCACAGGCAAUGGCUAUUAUGGAGGUGGCUCAUGGGAAGGAUCACUUCUACCUGAAAGAGCUGCGCAAAGAGAUGGCACAAAAAUAAUGAAAAAAGUGAACUCAUGUGUCACUGCUUACCUCCAGAGAUUGCAUACGCUCCUUCAUUUGGAGUUUUACAGAACUGUAGGCACUUUCUACCUAUUUUGGUACCAAAGGAAAAAAAAGCUUUGUCAUGUUUUUAUGGAAAGAAAUUAUUUUCUAUGGACAGCCUUUAUUAGUCAGUGUAUGUAUGCAAGAACUGUUAAUUUUGUGGGAAAUUUUUGUAAAAACAAUUAAAUGUUCUUAGUGAUUUCUAAUUGAGGGGUGAACUCCAAA